CGCUGUAGUACGAAUACGUCAUAUGUAGUCAAGGGUGGGAAAUUCUGGAUUACCGCCUCUUUGGCCAUGUCUUUACAACCUGCGACUGUAUGUGCAAAAGCGACACACUCACAUACUUACUUUGACGUUUUUCGAAGAGCUCGAGAAUAAAUUCUUACUAGCCGCGCCCUGCUCGCACCCCUCAUUGUAUUUUCGCGCACGCUCGAGAAUUAUCGCCGAAAGAGAACACACAAGACCUGUGGCGAACGAUAUGUCGGGCGAACUGCAAACUAUCCCCGCGCGCCAUGGCGUUGCGACGUUUGUGCCGAGGGGCAGGACGAUCAAGGUGAUCAACACGUAUGGACAGCAGGUUAUCAGCAUGUGGGCGUUUACUUUGGGUGCGCCGCCAGAGGAGGGGGAGCUUGAUGGGAAGGAAGGACAACAAGGGACUGAGGAGAAUGGGCAGAAGAAGGCGGAUGAGCCAGAGAAGAAAGUCGAUGAACCAGAGAACAAGGCUGAUGAGCCAAAGAAGAAGGUCGAUGAGCCAGAGAAGAGUGAAGAGGACGCGAAGAAGAGUGACGAGGAAGCAAAGAAGAGUGACGAGGAAGCAAAGAAGAAUGUUGAAGCACUGGAAAAAAGUACUGAUGAGUCCAAGAAGACCGACGGCGAACCCAAGAAGAGCACAAAAGAGGAGAGUACCGGCAAGGAGACAGAGACCACGACCAAAGAGAAAGACGCACCAAAGGAAGAAUCCAAAGACACUCCACCCUCCAAACGCAGAUGGACAUCCUACCUCCCCUCGAUCCCCUACCGCUCCAAAGGCCCAGCAAGUGAAUCAAGCCCCGAGCCGAAACCCGACCCAGAAGUGGAGAAAGCACAGAACGAAGCCAAGACCAAGAAAUGGACCUCGUACCUCCCAACGGGCAAAGGCUUCUCAAGCUACGUCCCGAACCCCCAAUCGCUAGACUCGAGCGUCCUUGUCAGCGCGUUCAAGUCGAGCCAUUACAGAGACCCCAAUAAGAGCUAUGCAGAGCAGUUGUAUGAUUUCUCCAAAACGCCCGUCGGCGCGGGAACGAUUGCUGCUGCGACAGGCUCCGGCUACGCAUCCUCCGUCUACGCCGCCUACAACGCGUACGCGCAAACCAACCCCUCAAAGUCCUCCCUCGCCCCCAUGGAAUACCUCUCGCUCCCACACACGCGCGCCUCGUCGCGAAAACUCGUCCCAGACGUCAACGACACGCUGCUAACCAACCUGCGCAACCCCAUCAUCACCCUGCUCGAGGACACCACGCCCGGCGCUCACGACACCCUCACCGCCGCCUGCGACGCAAACCUCUACGCAACGCUGGGCAUCGAGGCGCCCGCCGAGCACGGCAGCUGCGCCGAGAACCUCGUCCUCGCGCUCAAAGAGUUGAAUGAGAAGUCGGGCCUGACGGGCGCGAAAGCCGUGGGUGCGGAUAUCAGCGUCAAUAUUGCGCCGACGCCGCUGCAUCUGUUUAUGAAUGCGCCGCUGGAGCUGGGCAGCGCGGCGCAGGGCGAGAAGGGCGUAGGUGCGAAAGGUGCGGUGCUGAGUGUUUCUGCGCCUGUUGCGAAGAAACGCAGCUUUGUGCGCUUCCGGGCUGAGCGCGAUGUGGUCGUGGUGUUUAGCGCGUGUCCGAUGGAUGUUGGGCCGCAGAAUGGGGGGCGGUGCAUGGCGGCGAAUUUCAUGGUCGAGGAGGCUGAGGGCGAGGAUCUUGCGGCUUCGAACGCGUCUGUUAAGGGGAAGAGAAAUGCGCCCAAGCUUUCGCAGGCGGCGGAGAAGAAGGUGGAUACGAAGAAGAAAGAGGAGGGGAAGAAAGUGGAGGAAGAGAAUAAAAAGGAGGAGGAGAAGAAAGUGGACACGAAGGAGGUGGAGGAGGAGGAGAAGAAAGAGGAGGAGGACAAAGACGAGAAAAAGGCAGACCCAGAGAAAAAGGAUGAGGAACAGACGUCUUCCUCAACGCCUUCUCCUCCGCCUCAGGAGUCUGCAGAGAAGAACGAAGCAAAGGAUGAAGAGAAGCCCGCGGAGCAGAAGGCGAAGAAGAAGCCUAAGAAGCUUCAAGUGCGUAGUGCAGGGACUCCAGCUCCUGCGAAGGGCUCGUAGACGGUCUUUGUUGUAAUUUUACUCUAUUGUACUUAUCUUUAUCGAUUUUUGGUGUCGUCGAUGUUUUUUUGUAUACAUAUUGUUUUUUCGAGUAGGUAUUUGCUCGAACUAAAAGGCACCUUUGGAGUUGGUG